UAUUUGAAGCAGAGACGACAGGAAAGAGCUGAGGAACAUCUGUACAUUGACAAAAAUAAAGGAUGGAACGUAUGCUGACUUUGUUCCUGCUUUGUCCGGCUGUGUUUUUUGCCGCUGUGACAUCCGGACAAGACAAUGUGUGUUUAAGGCCUAACUUGGCUGACAAUAUCGAGCUGGCCGGGCUCCAGAGGUACUUCAGCCCCGGUGCGGAGUUAGCCCUGUCCUGUAUAGACGGAUACACCCCCAUAUCCGGCCCUCGCAAGAUCGUCUGCAGUGCCAGCGGAGAGUGGACGAAAACCAAAUUCAAGUGCAUACCAAAGCGGUGUCCUUAUCCUGAUGCACCGUCUAAUGGAGAUUUGUACUAUGAGGAUACUGUCUUCAAGAGUACCAUCAACUAUACUUGUCAUGAAGGCUACGUAUUGAACGGAUCCACCACUGCCGUGUGCCAAGCCAAUGGAACGUGGAGCACACUUGCACCAGCGUGCACACCGGUGUCCUGUGGUCUCGCUCCAGUCCCACAGUUUGGGAUGAUAGUUUAUGACAGGAGGGUCAGAGGGAACACCACUGAAUACGGUACCACAGGGACGUACAAAUGCCAUCCUCCAUAUGUAGUGAUUGGCAACGCAAGGGCACAGUGCACGGCCAGCGGCACCUGGACUGAGACACCCGAGUGUAAAGCGGUGACCUGUCCUCCACCGCAGAACAUCGCCAGAGGCUACAUGUCAACCAGAGACCAGAGAAACUAUGACUACAUGGAAACAGUCAAAUAUGGCUGCAAUGGAGACUAUGUGCUGGAGGGAAGUAUGGAGAUUGUUUGUCAGCAGGAUGGGACUUGGUCUGAAAAACCAUCCUGCAAGGCUCCCUGCAGGGUUGGCAUCAACAGAGGGAGGAUAUUAUACAAAGGAAGAAAAAUGUGGAUUGGAGAUUUCGAUCCAAACAAAGUCUUACACAAAGAUAUAGUUUCGGUCUACUGCAUGAACGAGGCCAGGAAAUGUGGAUAUGCCGUGCCAGCCCAGUGCAUCGACGGAAGACUCCCAAUCCCUGAAUGUUUCAAAGAACCCAGCGGUAUUAAUUAUAACCUCCAUUCAAGUUCCCUUCCAUCUGAAAUCACUCAGUGCUGAAACGGUGGCAGAUCACACCCUCCGACGACUGUUAAAACCAACACAACACAGAAGAAGUGUUGGUGUGUUGUGGUGAAUGAAAUUAAAGAAUAUGGUUUGACUCAA